UAAGCGAAAAAAUGUAUCCGUACACCCCGUCAAAAAAAUGCGUAGCAUGACAUUUGGGUCCCGCAUACACCGUCUAACAUGAACCAUCAGGUGGCGCAAAGGAAUUUGCAUGACGGUGAUCUAAACAUGAAAUAUGAAUAUGAAUAUACGAGAGCCCUAAGGAUGGAGCGAUCGCGCCUUUAGGCUGCUUUAUGGGAAAUGUGGCACCGUGUCCCCGUCGCUUUGGGGGCCGUGAUGUGACGCUAAGCUGCGGGAAGCGUAACGCGGUGAUGAGCCGCAGUUUUGCGCUGGUUAAAGAGACGGACCCCGGGUCCUGCUGUUUAUUCCCAUGCUAUAUACGCUCUCUCUCUCUCCGGCUUCAUCCCUCCGUCACACACAUUUAGAAAAUGGAGUUUGCCGAAAGGAAAAGGAGCAGGAAAUCGCAAAGCUUUAAACUGGUUAAUGAGGAAGAUACUGAAACUAGGUACUUUGACAGUGCUGGAAGCAUAGACGUCAAUGGCAGAAUUAAAGAUGUUACCAUAACUGAAGGUUGGCUUGGCGACGACGGCAUGGAGAUCAAGAGGCAGAUCACGGGGAUGAUGCGGCUCCUGAGUGACAAGGCCAGCCGUGGGCACCAGCGGCCCGGCGGCACUGGGGACAGCCUCAAGGCGGAGCCCCAGGACGCAGAGCCGAGCUGGGGGCAGCCCUUGGCGUUGUGUCUCGACGAGCCCCAGCACAGCACCUGGAACCUUGAACCCGCGCCGAGGCCUCAGGUGCCAGGGCAGUACAGUACCCGUUCGAAAACCUCGAGGAUGCUGAGAGAUGCUGGAGGCACGGUAAAUCCCAAUGUGACGAGCCUGCCCGGAAUCAUGGAAGCAAACUGCUGCAUGUGUAAUUGCAAAAGCACAUUGCAGGCCAUCCUGCAGGAGCUGCGCGCUGUGAGGAAACUGAUGCAGCGGCAGAAAGGUGAGUGUUGCCACGCUCUGCAACGAGCCGCGGAAAAAGGUUCUUUUUCCUCUGGCAUAUAGGAACCGAGCCAUAUCCAAGCCAAACUGCGAGAGGCUAGAUACAGCGCGGUUCCAGAUCUCCUUGGUUUUCCACUGCAGAGGGGUCGGCUCGGAAAUCGCGUUUGGAGAGUGACGUAAAACCGAAGAGAUGCUUAUUUACUGUUCACACGGUGUACAUCAUGAUUUACUAUGUACUAAUUUCCACUAGCAAGUGACAAUCACGAUCAUAUGUUAGCAUCAAAUGCUAGCAUAAUUAGCAUUAGUGUGUGUAAAUUUUGAAUUAUGAAUUAUGAAUCCAUUUCGUUCAUCAGUUUUAUAGUACUUUUUAAGUAGGAGGUUGGAAAUUUUCAAGUUCCGAGCUAUCAGGAAUGCAUCAGUACGUCAUGAUGUGCGAUACUACUUAAAACGAAUAAUAUGCACAAUAUGCUCUAUUUUUCCUUCAGGCAAUCCCUGUAUAUCGACACAGAUCACAGGUAUCUGUGCAUUUUAACUAAUCAGAUGGUGAUGAUGCAACCAGCUCGGUUUGGUCACGCUUUCGGCCCUGCUAGUGAGCAGGGACGUGUCAGUGCGCUUAUGGCUCGGAUGCUUUACAAUGGAAAACCGCCAGUUCGUGCCAUGGCUCGGUUCUUGGUGGCAGUGGAAAAGCACCAAAAGUUUGUGCCCUGUUCUGAUUCUUCAGCAUCAGUUCAUUUCACUUCAUUUGGGCCAGAUCUGCACAACAGGAAUCUGAACGGUGUUGGCCCUUGCCCUCAGAUUCAGGUUAUUAAUGUUAAGGUUGAUGCUCAGGGAUUCGGGUAACCAUGUUCUACUUGCAGAAAACGGAGCACUCUGGCUAAUGUUGCACAGCAAGCUGCUGCUGUUGUAAUAGUUUGGGGAGAUCCGUCUAUAUCAGGACCCCAAACAUGACAGGACAUCCAUCCAAAUCAUGCAGCAAGACAAUAAUACAAAACUCAAUAACAAGCCUGUGUCAGAAUGGUUGAAUAAUGGAAGAUGAAUACAGCCAAUAUGGUUUUAUUUAUUUCCAACAAAAAUACUACUUGUACCUGUACAAGUUAAAUUUCAAUGCUUCCAAAAAUGCAUUGAAAAGCCAUAAUGCUACUUGUAUGUGGAAUCACAGACACUCAACAGACAUUAUUGAUCUAAAAUGACAAAUGGCUCUAAAAACAGAAGCCUAAGUGCACUUAAUGACAUGAAAGAUCAUAAUAUUUUAAUAAAAUUAAACCAACUUUCCAGAAUUUCCCCGUGGCAUGAAUAAAGUUAAUCUUAAUCUUUAAAUACUACAAAUUACAGUAUUUUUAUCCUAUGUAUGCCUCUGUCUGGCA